UUGCCCGGCAGCGACGUUUUUAUUACCUACGGCGGGAAAACCGGCUCCGAUGUUGUAAUCGAUAGCUUAGACGCAUUCAACAUGACCGAAGAGAGUUGGGUUAAGCAAGUCAACAACAAAACUGAUAUACCCAACGAUCAGUACCGUGGUGGGCUUCUUGCACCUAAUCAAGAUGAUCCAUUUCUUGUUACCAGCGCGGGGAAUGGAACACAGGCGGCGCAUAAUAGAACACUCGAUAUCAUAACGGAUGUAAUAAUAGGAAUACUAUUGAUAGUGGUCGUAAUUUUGGGCUUUCUUUUGUAUAGACAGAUGAAAAACAAAAAGGAGGAAGAGGAGCUGAAAAUAGGGGAAACUUGGGGAGCUUUUGGAAACGAUACUGAAACUGUUUCUCGGACAGACAUUGAAACUGGUUCUCAGGAGGACACUUUACCGAGUUAUCGAUCAUUCGAGGUGGAAACGUCUGGUCACUGUGAAUCUUACUCAAGUUCGUCAGAGACAACUUCAGCACCCGACUUUAACACGUCUACAGCUUUACAUCAUACAGAGAAACUGAACUCUACUCCCAUCACUCCAUC